CGACCGCGUUUUCCUUCUGUCGCAAAGAGUGACGGUGCUCGAGGAAGGUUAAAGCGACUUGAGAGGAAAAAUACAUAACCAGCACCAUGCCGUUCCUGGACCUGUUCGGGUGGCUGGGCCUCGACGUUGACAAGUGGCUCCUGGUGCAGAGUGCCGACGAUCUCCACAGGCACCCUUCGCGCUGCCACGCCUUCGAGAAGGAGUGGAUCGACUGCGCUCAUGGCAUCGGGCAGACCCGGGCCAAGAAGGAGUGCCGGUUGGAGUGGGAGGAUUUCUACGAGUGCAUGGAACGGAACAAGACGUUUCAGAGGUUGAAAGCCAUCCGUGCGCAGCGUGACAAGCUGAUAAAGGAGGGAAAGUACACGCCGCCGCCGCACCACAUGGGGAAGGGCUCAACCUCGCCCUGAAGGAGCCGCUAACACCGCACCCCCCAUCAUCGUGUCCCACUCUUCACCACUUCCUGUACUCGUUUUCAAAUAAAUACGUUCAUCUUCUGA